AUGAAUGCAGCGCAAACGACCCCUGAAGCUCCAGCCGCAGCUGAAGCUCCAGCCAGCCAAAAGAAAAAGAAGAGAAGGAAGAAGAAGCCGCCUCGAAGACAGCGGCCGGCUUUUGCUCAGCUCAUCCUGUGGAGCGUGGAUUUCUCCAAGAGCCGCAAGGGCUUCUCUCUGGUGGCCAUCGAGAAGGAGCUGGCGGCGACGGGAGUCGACGUCCAGAGGAACAAAAGCCGCAUCAAAGCGGCGCUCAAGAAGCUGGUCACCAACAACAUCCUGUGCAAGGUCCCUGGAGUGACUGGAGCUCCCGGCUCCUACAAGCUCUGCAAAGAACCAGGGGUCGGCAAAACGCAGCUGAUUCUGCAGCUGCCCAAGACCAAGGAGGCCAAGAAGCCGGCAAAGCAGAAGAGACAGGCAGAUAAAAAGCCGCCUGCCAAUAAAGAGGCUAAAAAGAUCAAGAAGAAAAGCAAAGGGACGGGGCCAAAGGCCCCCGGGAAGAUGAGGAACGUGGCCGAAGGCAAAGGAGCUGGCAAGACUUCUGCGGCCUCCUCUGCUCGCGGGGCAAUAGCUCCCCAGCGGAAAUCUUAA